AAAGACUGCAUCGGCAAGAACAAUUGGAAGACUGAUAAAACAUCGAUUUGAUGAUGCAAAUGAUGGACCCAAAGCAAACGAGAUCAUUAAAUUCAUGAGAAUGGAGCAUAGUUGAGAGAUACUUAUUGGCACGCAUGGGAAGCUCGUGAGUUUGCAAUUGCAGCUGCUAGAGGUAUACCAGAUGAGAGCUAUGCAAAAAUACCAAAAUAUUUGCAUAUGAUCAAAGAAGCUAAUCCUGGUACACAUAAUCAAUAUGAAACUACAGAGAAGGGGAGAUUCCUCUAUCUAUUUAUCUCGUUUGGGCAAUCAGUUAGAGGGUUCUACAAUGCAAUGCGUAGGGUGAUUGUUGUCGAUGGAACUUUUCUGAAAAAUAAAUACAAAGGAGUUCUCCUUGUUGCUACUGCUGUUGAUGGUAACUCUAAUUUGUAUCCGAUUGCAUUUGGGGUUGUUGAUUCUGAGAAUGACGAUUCAUGGGGGUGGUUCUUUAGACAGUUGAGCUUGGUUGUAGCUGACUCCAAGGACUUGGCUUUUAUUUCUGAUAGAAAUGCAUCGAUCGCUAAAGCGAUUGGGACUGUCUACCCUCGAUCAACACAUGGAAUUUGCAUUCAUCACUUGCUGACCAAUGUGGUUAAAUCGUUUAAGGGAAAGGGUUGGACAGCGUUGGUCGAACAGGCUUCAAAGGCAUAUAGGUACUUUGAAUUUCAGGAACGUAUGACCGAAAUUUUUGAUAUGAGUCCAGAGCUCGGGAGAUAUCUACAGGAGGCUGAUGUGCGAAAAUGGAGUCGUUCUCUCUUCCCUGGUUCCAGGUAUGACAUUAGGACCACAAACUCCGCAGAGUCGAUAAAUUCUCUUUUGAGAAUACCUAGAGAAUAUCCGGUUAUUCUGUUGCUGGAUAGUAUAAGGGAAUUUAUGACUCGAUGGUUCUACGAGUGUCACCUGUUAAGCUCGAAGCAUCUUGAUCCUUUAACCGUCAAGGUCGAGAAAAAGAUUGAUAGGAGAAUUGUCAAGGCAAAAGGAUUUCAGGUUUACAAGAUUGACAACUUCAGAUCGCUUGUGAAAGGAGACAUAUAUGAAUGUCAUGUUGAUUUGGAGAAUAGAACAUGCACAUGUGGGAAGUACGAUAUAGGAAAAAUACCUUGCUGACACGCCAUUCCUGCCAUUUAUUCACGAGGUAGAGAAGUACACAGUUUCACUGACGUUUUAUACACAACUGCAACUUGAAGAACAGCCUAUUCGGAGUCCAUUAAUCCAAUAGCAGUCCCACAGUCUGAGUGGAAUGUCCCAGCUGAGGUUGACCUUGCAAAAGUUUUACCACCAGAGUCAAGAAAGAGUGCUGGUCGACCAGUAAAGAGAAGGUAUGAAACAGUAGAAGACAAGAUCAAAUCUUCUCAAGGAUCAAGCAAGGGUAAAAAGCACAAGUGCAGCCGUUGUGGUAACGAAGGACACAAGAGAGGAACUUGCGAUUUACCCAUUUAGCAUUUACGUUUCUUCUUAGAGAUCUCCUUAUUUCUCAGCCUUUUUUUGUUUUGUUUUACUCUUAACUACGUCCUUGUUUGACAAUUUCGUAUUUGCAACACUCUUGAGACAUUAUUGGUUUUACUAGAUGAUUAUCCCCAAGAAAGAAAGAACAAGAACCAUAGUCUAACAAUUAAUUAUUUGAAAGAGAAAACAUAACAAAUUGAGGCAGCAUAUGACCAUCAUGCAUAAGUAAUGUACAUGAGGACCAUCACCAAACAACACAGAAACAAAGCUUUUGUCAUCUUUAACUCGGUAAUGCAUUUGAUGGUCUUCUCUUCGCUACGUGCAACAGCAUAUUCCAUCUCAUCAAUUUUACUUUCAUGGCGUUUCAGCAUUGCCUCACAAGCUCUCAUUGAUCUCUGAAAUUCGGAAUUGUCAACGAGGAGGAUGUCAAACAGGUCUUGG